GCUUUCUGCCCUCUUCCAAGAUGGCCGCCGCCGCCUCUGUGACAAACCCGGUCACGUGGGCACCCUCGCCUAUGAGGUGGCUGAGGCUUGGUCGGCGAUUGUCCCUUCCCGGGCCCCGUCCCGAGGCGGAGACCGCCCUUGUCAACCGGAGCCUGAGCGAUCAUGGCAACGGGCUCGGGCGGGGAGCGCGUGGCCGCGGUGGCAGCGGCGGCAGUUUGCCGCCGCCCGCGCUGCCCGGGUCCGAGCCGAAGGCGGCGCCCGCGCACGGCCUCUGCCGGCACGGGAAGCCCAGGAGCAAGGGCCGGAGCUGCAGGCGGAGCUGUCAGCGGCCCGUCACCGUGGACAGCUCCAAGGCCAGGACCUCCCUGGACGCCCUGAAGAUCAGCAUCCGCCAGCUCAAGUGGAAGGAGUUCCCAUUUGGCCGACGCUUGCCUUGUGACAUCUACUGGCAUGGAGUUUCGUUUCAUGACAAUGACAUAUUCUCUGGUCAAGUGAACAAGUUUCCAGGCAUGACGGAGAUGGUGCGUAAAAUUACUCUGAGCAGAGCAGUGAGAAUCAUGCAGAAUCUCUUUCCUGAGGAGUACAACUUCUACCCUCGCUCAUGGAUUCUGCCUGACGAGUUCCAGCUCUUUGUUGCUCAGGUUCGAAUGGUGAAAGAUGGUGACCCCUCCUGGAAGCCCACUUUUAUUGUGAAACCUGAUGGUGGUUGUCAGGGUGACGGAAUCUACCUCAUUAAAGACCCCAGUGACAUCCGCCUGGCAGGGACCCUCCAGAGCAGGCCGGCAGUGGUCCAGGAAUACAUCUGCAAACCUCUCCUUAUCGACAAGCUCAAGUUCGAUAUUCGUCUGUAUGUCUUACUAAAGUCCUUAGAUCCCCUAGAGAUUUAUAUAGCCAAAGAUGGACUCUCUAGAUUUUGUACUGAGCCAUAUCAGGAGCCCACCCCCAAAAACCUACACCACAUCUUUAUGCACUUAACCAACUACUCACUGAACAUCCACAGCGGUAACUUUGUCCAUUCGGACAGUACUAGCACAGGCAGCAAAAGGACUUUCUCGAGCAUUCUUUGUAGGUUGUCCUCCAAAGGUGUUGACAUCAAGAAGGUCUGGUCUGAUAUCAUCUCCUUGGUGAUUAAGACUGUCAUUGCCCUGACUCCAGAGCUCAAAGUUUUCUACCAGUCGGACAUCCCUGCAGGGAGGCCGGGGCCCACGUGCUUCCAGAUUUUAGGCUUUGACAUUCUUCUAAUGAAAAAUCUGAAGCCUAUACUACUUGAAGUAAAUGCAAAUCCCAGCAUGAGAAUCGAACAUGAGCAAGAACUUUCUCCAGGGGUGUUUGAAAAUGUCCCCAGCCUCGUUGAUGAAGAAGUGAAAGUGGCCGUCAUCAGAGACACACUGCGCCUCAUGGACCCACUUAAGAAGAAAAGAGAGAAGCAGUCUCAGCAGCUUGAGAAGCCAUUAGCCACAAAGGAAGAUCCUUCCGACAGUGAGCUGGCCAGCGCCUCGGACGGCAACACCACUCCCGAAGCCCACCUGCCCUCCAUCUGCCUCAAGCAAGUGUUCCCCAAGUACGCAAAGCAGUUCAACUACCUGCGCCUGGGGGACAGGAUGGCAAACUUGUUUAUCCGGUUCCUGGGAAUCAAGGGGACAAUGAAGUUGGGACCAACAGGCUUCCGGACCUUCAUAAGGACCUGCAAGCUCAGCAGCAGCAGCUUGUCCAUGGCCGCCGUGGACAUCCUCUACAUGGACAUCACACGGAGGUGGAGCGCCACGGCCCUGGACCAGCGAGGCUCAGGGAUGUGCCUGCAGGCCUUCGUAGAGGCUUUCUUCUACCUGGCUCAGAGGAAGUUCAAGAUGCUGCCACUCCACGAGCAGGUGGCCUCGCUGAUCGACCUGUGUGAAUACCACCUGUCCCUGCUGGACGAAAAGCGUCUGGUGUGCGGCCGGAGUGGCACCUCGGGGGCCCGGCCCCCUUACAGUGGCACCCCCCAGGAGGCCACCCCCGCAGCCCAUCUGGCUGAGGGCAACCCCCCACCCUGCGCAGACGGUGCCCAGAAGCUCUCCCAUUCCAGACACGCUCUGUCCUGAGGGCACCUCUGUGCUCCCGGAA